ACUUCCUCUUCUUGAGAUCCACUUCUUGGGCAAACAGAACUUUUCUGAAGAAAUUUCUGAAUAAGUCAUAAAACCUGGCACAGACUCAAUGGGGCGGAUCACAACCAGUAGCAUCCUAUAUAUAUUUAAGCUCGGUCUGCAAGGUUCCAAAGGGAGUCCAUUGCCUGUUGCUAUCUGGUACGCAAUAAACAACCAUCACCACUAUGAAACUGACAACUGUCCUUCUGCUAGUCACCCUGAUGCUUUGCUGCUAUUCAGCUGCUGAUGCCUGCCCUCUUCUCACUGAAAUUUACACAAAGUUCCUUUUUGCCACACAUGAUGAGUACAUGAACGCAAUUGCUCCCUUUGCAACCACUCCCAGCAUGAGAAGAUCAGCUUCUAUGAUGAAGCAAUGCGCAGCUGGACUUUCAGUGGAGGAUCGGCUGGCAAAUGCCGAACUGAUGAGAAAUAUCAUGACAAAGUGUGCAGCAUGACCCUGAAGCUUCAAGGAAUCAAC